GUGCUACGUCACACAAACAGGAAGUGAGCGACAUGAAACUUUACAGGCAAACACAACACACGCCUCCUUCAUUCACUGUCAUGCAAAGAAGCUAUGUAGCAGUUUUAUAUUAAUCAUGGUAAUUUAACGCAUCCGGUUGCCGUUUUUGCGACGAGUUAAGUCACCUGUACACAUCGAUUCGUUUGUUUUAUAUCUCAUCGUUGAUUUGAGAAGCCUCUGACAGGAACCACAGGUACCCUCAUCUGCACGUUUUCCACCUCUGUUGUCUUAAACUUCAUUUUAACACCCAUUACGAGUCGUUUUUCGUGUUUAUAAAUGAUUCACUCAGUUUAUUUCCAGAUUACAGGUUAGUAAGUGUUUUUCUGAGAGCCAUUGUAGUCAAGGUCAGACGUGCUUGUAUUGAUCCAUUCAGAUUGAGAUUACCUCAAUUAAACGUAUUAAGAUUAAAUCUCCUUGCUAGUAGAUAAAACAACAUCAGAGUUACAUUAAAGUUAUUGUAAUGUCAGAUUAAAUCAAGGUAUAAGAUCUCCUGGUUGUGCUCUACCUGCCUGUGUCCUGUGUUGCAGCUCACCUGUGCUCCCCUAAAUGCUGAGAUGCUUCACCAGUCAUUGUGGUCCAGAUUAGGAGCUCAGCUGCUUCUAAAAAGGAAACCGGUCUUCCACUGGGCCUCAGCCAGCCUUCCCCAGUUUGUUCAAUCACACAAAUGUGAAUCCAAAACCAGGACUCACUCAGAUUGGUCUUUCCCAUGGACCGUGUCAAGGACUUGUUCUUUUAGUACUCUUCACCAACAGCAGAAGUACAAAAGAGAUGUUAUCCCUACUUCACAGGGAUUUACAAGUCUUACUAGCACAUUUUUUAGUCAUCCAACUGUCUGGAGAGGUGGAAAGGUGCGUUUUUACUCUCAGGACAUAGUGAGGUCAAUGCUAAAACAGACUCUAAAACCAGCAAUAAUCCCGGGAAGAAAAGCUCCCAAAGGCCCAAGAACAAAACAACCGUCAAGAGCCAACCAACCUCCCCUGAGUGAGGACCAGGUGAUACCUCCACUUACUGAAUGGACAUUUUUCAUGUAAUGUUCUUGCUCUUGUGACAAAUUCAACCCUGUGUUUCUUUGUAGGACAUGAUGCAGUGUAUCGCCUAUGCCACAGCAGACCAGUAUCACUUGCCAACGCUUUGCCACGACUUGAUAAGCAGCGGCUUUCAAGAGGUCGAUUUACCCAGAGGUAUCUCAAAGAAUGCAACAAACUGAUAAUAAUGCAAUUCGGAACAACUUACACAAAUUCAUGACAGUCUUGUUUUGAUUUCAGACGCUUCAAAUGUUCUGGUGAUAAACACAAACAUGGCCUCUAAACCAGGUGAUGAGGCUGUGAUGUUCUUCUUCAGGUAAAGAUGAAGUUGCAUGUCUCAAAGGGUAUUUUCUUUGAUUUAUACUAACCAAUACAAGAGUAUGUAAAGCAGUGGUUCUCAACCGGUGGGUCCCGACCCAAAAGUGGGUCGCGGACAUGUUCUGGAUGGGUCGCAAACAGCUGGUCAAAAAGUAAAAAUUUAGCAUCUGAUGUUUGACAUGUCUUUUAUUUUGAAAAAUAGCUUAUUUUGAAAGGCACGCGUUACGUCGCGUACCUCCUCGGUUUUUUAUUAAUGUGGCCUGAAUGCAGUAAAAAUAAAUGUUUGUUUUUUUUUUUAAUUUGAUUUGAUAUUUAUUCACUUUUAUCCAUGCAGAAAUGCAUAUAAGUAAAAAAUUUUCAUUUUGCUGGUCUGCAUUUUGUGCAAUUUAUUUGAUAUUUCUGUGUAUGCAACUUCAGUAGUUGUCAUCCUCAGUUCAUGUGCUCUGAAAUGCACUUUACUCAAUAAAAUUGGUGUAUUUAUGUUAAAGAUUUGAGUCUUCGAAGGUUUUGUUUAUAAAAAAAUACAUUUGCUUGGUUUAAAAUUUUAUAAAAGUGUGUCGUGACUCAUGGACCAUGGGAAAAUGUGGGUCCCAGAAUGAGACCAGUUGAGAACCACUGAUGUGAAGUGUUUUUAAACAAGCAGAGCUGGAGCAAAGAUGUUGUCAAAGUUGAGUCUUUUUAAAAAUGACUUCUAUCUGUAAUACAUUUAUUCAGAAAGUUUGUUAUCUUUGUAAAAGUUGUGUUGACAGUGAAACACAACUGAACUUGUGAUUUAAAGAACAGGCUUGGAGAAAAUGUCUGUGUGUUUAAUAAAAGGUUAUAAUGACUGUGAUUGGUGGUUAUUUUUAGGUACGGUGUGACUUGAGUUUUAUUCUUUCAGAGAGGGCUCCGUCGUCUUCUGGAAUGUAGAGGACAAAGCGGUAAACAAAACUUUCUGAAAUUAAUUAAGUUUUAAAGGCGUGGCAAUAAAAAUCAUUUGCUUUCUUCAAAAAGAUGAAUUUUUUGUUGUGUUUUUACAGGUAAAAAAGGUGAUGAGAAUAUUGGAGAGACAUGAGAUCCAGCCUUAUGAAGUAGCUUUGGUUCACUGGGAAAAUGAGGAGAUCAACUACACAGUGGGGGAGUAUGUACUGCAGAUCAUGUUUUAUUACUGUUUCUUGAUUGUUUAUGUCUGUGUCAACUUUCAUUCUGGACUUUUUUCUUUUAUCAAAGUACAAAUGAAAAAAAUGAAAUCAUCAUACAUUAGAAUUUCUAUGGUAUCUAAAUCUUGAUACCAUCAGUGCUUUCUCAAGAUGUAAUUUUAUUUCCAUUCAAAUAUGCCAGUUUAAUUCUAAAAGGUAUUGACAGUUUUGUACUAUUUAAAUGGUGGUUAUAUAGAGUUUUUUAAACCCUGUUUGAUUAAGAUUGUUUUCUUCAUGAAAGCAAGAUUUAGUCUUUAAAGGGUAUUGCCCCAUAAAAUCAGCUGUGAAAUGAGGGGAGUCAUUAAGUGUGUUUCAGUCAUUAUGGGAUGUACUCUUAUUUUUUGUUAUUUAAAUCUCUCUUCUCUUAAGGGGCAAUUCAAAGCUUCAAGGUGGCAACUUUUUUCUGAGUGACCAGAUCGAUCCGUUUGAAGCUGUUCUGGAGAAAUUUGCCUUUUCAAAUGCGCUGUGUUUGUCAGGUGAGACUCCAGACUUGCAUAUAUUAGUGGCAGCUCUGUUCUCAGCCUCUUACCUGACUGUAGCUUCUCUUUUCUCUCCAACAGUGAAGCUUGCCAUAUGGGAGGUGUCGUUAGACAAUUUUGUGGAGUCCAUUCAGUUCAUUCCAGAGGUACAGUGUAGCAAUAAUGAAUAAUUGAUUAUCAGUAAUGGUUGUUUGUCAGCCUGUUAGGCAGAUUGUGCAGCAGUGCUCUUCUUAAUGUGACUGUGAUAAUCCAUUUUUGUCCCUCAGAUGUUGAAGUCUGGCAAAAGAGUUAAGUUGUCCUCAGCAGAGGUCAUGAAGAAAAUAGGGGAGCUUUACACAUUAAGGUAAACUUCUUUGUCGUUUUAUAUUCAGUUUGUAUCUGACAGGUUAAAAAAAUACUCAAACAGACACCAAAACAGUGUAAUUUACCUCCUUUCUUGGCAGACACUGUAUAAACUUGAGGUCUGACCUGCUCCUCACACCUGACUUCUACUGGGACCGAGAAAACCUGGAAAAACUCUACGAGAAAACUUGCCAGUUUCUCAGCAUCAAUCGGCGGGUCACUGUAAGUGAAGCUGACGAGACCAUGGCAGAAAUCUCAAAACUCAUACUGACACUUCAUGAUGAGAGAUGUGAUUUAUUCUGAGUAUAACCUGGUUGUGUUUUUUUAAGGUUGUGAAUGAGAAGCUGGAACAUUGCACACAGUUAACAGACUUGAUGAGGAGCCACCUGAGUGAGAAGCACAGUUUGAGGUUGGAGUGGAUGAUCGUCAUCCUCAUCACCAUUGAGGUAAGCAUCUCCUUAGAGCAUGUGGAGAACCGUCUCUUGAAAUAUUAUGGGUUCAUAGUCUCAGUAACUUAGAUAAUGUUGCAUCUCUUGCUUGUUUUCUUGCAGGUUAUGUUUGAACUUGCAAAAAUGAUUUUCUAAAAAAGCUUCAGCAACCCCUCGAUCCUAAAAGGGCGACUGAGGCUACAAAGAAAAUAUGCUGCACUACACAAAGGUACUUUUGUCUGUGAUAUGUGACUGCUUUACUUUUCUGGGAGCAACUGAAAUCAGGAAACGGACCUCAAUAGGCUUGAAUGUCUUACUGUUCCUGUGUGCUGUAAACACAUUUCAAUAAUCAUGUUUCUUUCAGUGAUUGUGGUGCAUCACUGAUUAUUAUGGCCUUUGCUGAAGCAGAUCUUUACUGUACAUUUACUGCUUACAGCUUUCUCAAAAACAAAGAUUAGCAAGAGUUUUAAAUUCUGUAAUCAGCUGUCUAUGCCUUUAUGUUUCGGGUUACCACUAUGAAUUUCAUUUUUACAUGGUGUUUGAACAUCUAUCAGUAUCUUUCAUUGUGAGGGAAACCAGGAGUCUUACCUGGUCAUGUGAAUCAAAAUCAAGCACUAUUUAUUCCGUUUCAUCCGAGUGGAAAAACUCCAAAUGUGAAUGGUGUGAAAAAGAUGCAAUAAAGUAUUUCUUUUAAAUGUUUGCUGAUUAUGUUCAGUUUUUUCAUACAGAGCAUCAACUGGUUAUACAACUACUAGUUAAGUAAAAGUCAGUCUAAAAUGAGAAUAAUGCAGAAAAUACAGGAAAAUGUAAAAUUUAAAGGCAUUAAUUUAUUCAAAAUAAAAUACAAUGUUAUGAGUGAAACUCGGAUAAUUGUACUGCAUAAUGCAAAUAUAUAAAGACGGGUUUAUUUUUGUAUUUUGUCAUUAAUUAACAUAUACACAGAUCAGAUCAGCAAGAAAUUUCCAUAAAAGUCAGUAUACAAGGAAACAAAUCCAAAAAUGGCAAACUGUCUGUUAUUACCUUAUUUCUCUCUAUCUCUCUCACCCUCACUGCACACUUUGAUCGCUCAGUCUGUGCUAUCAUGAUAUAAAUCUUGCAAGCUUAUUAGAGCUUACAUGAAAGAAAAAUGUGGCAAAAUUGCCUUGAAAUUUAAGGCUCUGAUGAUCAUAAGUAUUUCAAGGUAAGAGCAUAUGAGCAGAUGAGAUUAAAUCAAAAGUGUGCAGAUAUUUGAUGUGUCAUGCUCUCAUCAUGCGCUCAUUUUAAAACCUGUAGAAAUAUUUGCAGCUUCAAAAUGAAUGCAGCCUUUAUAAGCAUUAAAACAGCUCUUAUGUACAAGAUAAUAUACAGUCACACUAGUACACUCAGGUCCAUUUGCUGUUUUUUCCUGCAUAGAUCCCAUGAGAAAAUGUAUUUCAGUGAAAAGAUUUAACAAAUAAGAAAUGACAGAGAUUAGGUAAAGGCUGUAAUGUGCAAGUAACAGAUGUAUGCAUGAAGAAAAAUUAAGUAAUAUUACCUCUAUAAGGGUAUGUUCAACAUUUAUAAAAAUACAUUUGAAGCACAAACUGAUAACAAGACUUUAAUCUUAUUCUCUUGAACAUAGGCAGUCUACGGUUCGCAAUGUUUACAUUUAGUCAACCAGACAGUUCAGCUCAAUCUUCUUACUAGUCGCCAUCAGAAUUAAUUGCUAGUAAAACAAAUGUUUUUUUUCUAUAUUCUUACUGUAGUGGGCCUGCUAGUAAUGCUCUACUACCUGAAUGUAAACAACCACAGAUGGUAGAUGACAUCUUGUAGAGCGGUGCAGUUUGGCAGUAUUGUGAUCUAGAAAAUGGACAUCAGAUCGUAUGUUGACUGUGUCUAGUCAAACUAGCAUAUAACCACAUGACUGGAGCAAUAGCCUUACCAGCACAGGCAUAAGGGAAUCAAUCUGCAGAGAGGACUGAAGGCUUAUAGUGAUGGUAACCCAUUUGUUACGCUCAGACUCUGAGAUACCAUGUUUAGUAUCUUAGUGAUGUCUUAGUGUUCUUCAUUUGACUUGUUGGUUAGUAAGAAUUUAUUCUCCAGUGUAAAACAUUAGGAUAUCAAUUGCCUCUGAAAAUCCACAACAAAAACUUUGCACAAACAUUAAUGAUUAUUUAAAAGGCGUGGCAUGAUUAGUAUGGAAGCUGCACUAUGUCAAAAAGUCCUAAGAUCAACCAAAAGAUGCCACAGCAUUAUGAAGGUAGUUUAAUGUCAAAUCUUUAGUAUUUAUGUACAUUAGGGUGAAAAACUCAACAAAUAUAGCUGACAUUUGCAUAAUCUCUCUUGUUAAUCAUAUGCUUUAUAUAAGUAAUAAAAUAAAUCCAUAAAUAAAGGCCUUUUCCACCACAAAAUACACAUGUAUUUUUGGUUCAUACUGACGAAUAAAAGCAGCAAACUGCUGUUUCCUGAAGGUCUCUCCCAAAGUCGGUCGUCAUCUUAACGUCUUUUUGAAGAAUACAAACUUGAUUGACUUCAUUUUUGAUUGUCCAACCUUAAAGGCAAAAAACAAGAAGAGGAAUAUCAAUUAAAUUUGAUAUUUAAACAAAUGAAAAUCACGAUUUAGUACAAGAGAAAUGUGACUAAAAGAAGAGAAGCUCACCGAUCUGCGCUGCUCAAGUCCAGUGAAACUAAUCCCACUCUACUGUCGUAACGCUUCCAGCUGCGAAUUCCUGAUGUUCAAGUGCAAUAGCAAAAUCUUCACCUUCACCCUCACUUUCAUUUCCACAUGCUUCUUUUGUUUCGUACACUUCCUGUUGACUUCCUUCUUCCUCUGUCUGGACAUUGGGAGUGAUUUCGACCUCCUCUUCAAGAGCCGCUUCUUCCCCUUGCACACUCUCUGCUUUCGAGUCUAGAUGUUCCUCGACCUCUUGAAAGGACACUUCUGUUUCCUCUUGGGUAGAUAGACCCUCCUCAGCAUCCAUCCACACAUCUUGGUCAUUCUCCUCCUCUGGAUGAUGAGCAUGCUUUUUCUCCACUUUUGUUUCUUGAUCAUCUGCUUCUGACUCCACCGGUCCACUCAGCAACACUUCUUCUUGAAUGUUGUCUGUUGACUGGACACUUGAGGUUACUCGUUCUACCAUUUCUGCUUUUUCUUCUUCUACAUCUUCUACUUCUACUGUUUUGGUUGUAUGUACACCAUCAUCCAGCUGAGCAGGAUGGGUUGUGAUCACAGCUUUUUCCGUUAAAUCAAAGCUCACUUCUGGUUCUGUGAUUCCUGUGGCUUCAAGACAUGUUUCGAUCAGCUCUGACUGCUUCUGGCCUUCAGAGGCCUCCUCUGCCUGUGCAUCAGGAUCUGACACAUCUGCCUGUUUCAAGGGUGCCAUUAUGUCCACUGAUACUGUGGGUGCAUUUGCAACUUGAUCUACCAUUUCAGUUGUGCGUAUGUCGGAUUCCAAUGACACUUGUUGAGUCGGAAUCACUGGUUUCUCUUCACUCAAAGGUUCUUCUGGUUCUGUGAUCUCUGUUGCCUGAUCAUCAGCUUCAGGUGGUUCAAUUUGUGUGUGGCUCUCUGUUGGAGUUAUUUGCGCCGCAGGUUCUACAGGUUCCACUGCUUGAACUUCAUCAUUUGAAACAUCUAAUGGCGUCAAUGCUUCGGUUCUCUCAGUUAUUGGUGGAGGGGAAGCAGGAGCCUUUGAUUCUACCUCUACGGUUUUAGUUGCAUGAACAGCAAGAUCCAAGAGGAAAGGAUGAGUCAUGAUCACAGCUUUUUCUGUUGAAUCUAUGUGAGCCACUGAAUCCUCCAUUUCUGUUGGAUGAACAUUAAUCUCAAUGGGCUCGAUCUUGCUUUCAGCUCUUUGGGUGAGAUCUAUUGAUUCUACAGGUUCUGCUGCUUCUUUGGCGUUACCUUCAACCUCUGAUACAUUUCCAAGCAUCAAGUCCUCAGACUUCUCUGUUGUUGGCGGUGGGGAAGCUGGUGCUUUGGUCAUUGGUUCCUCUGUCUCAAUGUGGGAACCAACGUCCAACAGCCCUGGAUGAGUUGUCAUUGCAGCUCUUUCUGUUAAACCUGAAGGUUCCUCUGGUUCUUCAAUCUUAGCUGCCUGAUCACCAACCUCAGGUAGCUCAAUUUGUUUCUGACCUUCAGCAUUUUCCGUUGAAGUUAUUAGCUCAACAGGUUCUUGGACUUCAUCCCUUGAAACAUCUGGCAAUGUCAAGUCUUCGGCUUUCUCUAUAAUUGGAGGUGGGCUGGAAACGGCCUUUGAUUGUACCUCUAUUGUUUCAAUUGCAUGUAUGGCAACAUCCAAAAGUACAGGUUGAGUCAUGAUCACAGCUCGUUCUUCUUUAUAACUGUCUGCUAUGGAUUCCUCGCUUUCUGUUGGGUGAACAGUAACCUCAGUGGGCUCGAUCUUGCUCUCAGCUCUUUGCGUGAAAUGUAUUGGCUCUGCAGGCUCCACUGCAUCUUUGGCUUUAUCUUCUACCUCAGAAACAUCUGUCUGUGUCAACUGCUCAACCUCCUUCUCUUUCGGUUGUGGGGAACUUUCUCUUUCUGCUACUGGUGUCUCUGCUUCAACAUCCAAUACCUCAGGCCCAGUAGCAAGUAUAGUUAUAUCUGCUGGAAGAAUGUCAGUGAUAGCUUGUGCAAAUUCUACGUGUCUGUCAGCUGUUUGUGUAAGAUGUAUUGGCUUUACAGGUUCAAUUGGCUCUACUACAUCAACUCCAGCAUUUGGAACAUCGACUUGUUCCACAGAUUCAUCCUUCUCCUCUACUGGUGGUGGAGGAACAGAUUCCUUUGAUACUAGCUCUUUCGCUUCAUCUGCAUGUAUGGCUAAAUCCAAGAGCUCAGGUUGAGAUUUGAUCACCUCUCCUGCAGAUGAAACUUGGAGUGCUACUGAUUCAGAUAUUUCCGUUGACUGAUAAUUAACCUCACUCAUCUCUGUCUGUUCCUGAACUCCAACUUCAGAAACAUCCACCUCUUUCACGGGUUCAGGUCCCUCUGUUAUUGCUGACAGGGAAGCUGGUGGUUUUGUGUCUGAUUCAGCUGUUUUGAUUGUUUGGAUGCUAACAUCCAGCUGUACAGGUUGAGUUGUGAUCUCAGUGCUUUCCUGGCCCUGAGCUUGAUGUGUUGGAACUGUUGGCUCACUUGGUUUCGCUGCCUUUUCUGCUUGGACUCCAACCUCAGACACAUCUUUCUUUUUCAGUGGUUCAGUUCUGUCUGUAGUUGUCAUGGGAGGUUGUGCCUUUGCCUGACCAAAGUGGAUGUUAAGCUUGAAUUCCAAAGAAAGACUCGAAGGGGAUUCAACAUUACCCACUGAUGAAACAAUUCCUGUAUUCUGUGGGAUCACAAACCCAGUGUUGCUUGGUGUUGCAACAAGACUAUGAGAAAUUUGUGUAAUUUGUGGUGGUUCAUGGCCUUUUCUUACAUCUAUUUCCUCUGAUAAUGAUUUGAUAUCUUCGCCUGCUGCUGUUUUCAUCUCUUCAGCUUUGGUUUCCUCCAGCUUUGGAGACACUUGCUGUGCUGUUGCAGAGUCAUCACUGAUGAGAGCAGGUACCUCACCUUUACUCUCUGUCCCAUCAUCCACCUCUUUUUGAUUCUCUGUUUGGGUUGAUUCAGGUUCAGCCAACUCACACACUUCACUUACAGUAUCCUGCAGUUUUGUUACAGCAUGUUUCAAAAUGGCAACUUCUGAUUCAGAUGCUGUUUCUGGGAAUAUAUCUGGCACAUGUUGAAUAAUUUCCUGAAUGGUUGCCUUUGUUUCCUCUUCAAUGUCAUGAGUUGUUGAGAGAUUCUCCACCUUUGUAACUGUUUCAUGACAAACAUUUAUGACUUCCAUUGUUUCUGUUACUUCAACUUCUAACACUUCAAUUUUAUGAUAGUCUUCAAAUGCCCCCGAUGGGACAUGCAUCAUCUGAGCCCCACUGAAUUGUUCUGCUGUCACUGCUGAGUCAUCUCUCUCUAAUGGUACCACAGUGUUGGCUUUCUCAAACACCUCCUGAUUUGCCCCUCCGUUGAUCGGAGGUUUAGUAAUGACUGUCAUUUUCUCUGUCAAAACAUCGGGUAUUGUUGCUACGACCUCUUUGAGAUGACAUGUGACUACUUCUGCCACAACAGCAUGCUCAAGUGUGGCAGCUUUAGUCUCACUGCUAGGAUGUUCACCCUCCUUUUCCCUCUCAUCAGUGACUUGAACUUCGCUGAGGUGCAGUUCAUGUUUUGAUUCAUCAGUAAUUGCAGCAUUGUCUACAGCAGGAGCUUGGGUUAUUUCACAAAGUAAAGUCUCUCCAGGGACCUGAACAUUAUUUGAUUCCUCAAAGGAUACAUGAAGUUGUGGUAUUGUUUCUAACUCUUGUGCAACUUCAAGGGUCAAGUCUUCCUGUUCAAAUUUAACAUCUUGUAGCAUCUUCUCUGGCUUAUGACCUUCUAAUACUUCCUCAACUUGGUCCAGUUGUGCUGUAACUUCACUUUCAAUUUGAUCUGUGACAGACGAUAUGGCACUGUCAGUUUCUUUUCUGGUAACAUGUUCUGGAAGUAUAUGGCUUUCGAGUUUCUCAGCACUACCAUCCUUAGGCAUUGAUAUGCCUUCCUCAGUUUUCACGUCUUUUACAUUAUCUUCUUUAUCAGAUGGUAAUUCUUCUGUUACUUGUGUUUCUGCACCACCUAGCUCGGUACUUUCUGCGACCACAUGAACAUCAGUAGAUGCAUCAUCCUCAGCCCUGGUGUCUGUCACAGUAUCUUCUACAUCUGAUGGCAAUACUUCUGUUUUCAAAACAUGCUCAGGUUCAGAAGCUUCAGUUUGUCCUUUGUCUUGUGGUUCGCCAUGGACGUCUGUUUCCUUUUGUGGUUCAUCAAUAAUGGUCUGCACUGCUGGAAUACCCUCAGAUAUGACUUUUUCAUGGAGAAGGUUGUCUUUUUCUAAAUCCAAUGGUGGUUCUUGUUUUAUAUCUGGUUCUUGUACAUUUUCAGUUUUUGAAAUAUCCACUGGCUCGGGACCUUGUUCAGAAAGAAGUGUUGUUUCCUUACCUUCAUCAAUACCCUCUGCGACUUCAGAAACAAGGACUGUUUUCUCUAUUGAGGUUUCUUGAAUGAUCUCUUUCACGGUAGGUAGCAAAACCUCAGGUUCUUGACUAUUUUCAGUUGUGUCAGCUUCAGCUUGUAGUUUUUCUUGUGCAUUAACUUCGGUGUCCUUUUGGGGUUCUUCCACAACUGUUUCCACUACUGGAAUAUCCUCUGAUAUUUCUUUAUCAAGUGAUUUCUGCACAGUCUCUAUUUCUUCUUGUUCUUGAAUCUGAUCCAUAUGAGCAUCCACAGAUGAUGCCUCAUCAAGUUCUGGCAGGUUAGCCUCAUCUGAAUCAAUUGGUGAUUCUUGCUCUGUAUUUAAAACUUCUGUUUCAUGAAGUUCCUCAGUUUUUGAAAUAUCCACUGAUUCAGGGCUUUGUUCAGUGAGAGGUAGUGCUGGUUCCUCUGGUUCUUUAACAUACUCUGUUGUAACACCUUCCAUUUUUUCCUCUUGCUCAACAAUCAUUUCUGUGUCCUUUUGGGGUUCAUCUAUAACUGUCUCGAGUGUAGGAACAUCCUCAGAUACAGCUUUUUCAAGUGGUGACAGGCUGCUUAUCUCUGGUACUGAUUUCACUCCUUGUGCUGUAUCAGUCACUUCUGGUUCUUGUUCAUCCUCAGUUCUUUUAACAUCUUUCAACUCAGGACUUAGUUCAGUGGGAGGUACCAUCCCACUGCCCUCAGUGAUACUUUCUGAAACUACAGAAGCCUGGAUUACACCUCCCUCAGUUGAGGUUUCCUGAACAUCUUUUACAUAAGAUGGUGGUUCUUCUUGUUCUUGAAUGUUCUCUGUUUUUAGAUCUUCAACCUUCACUUCAGUUGCUGGAUGCGGUUCCUCUGUAACGGGUUUUUCUAGAAGGUUGGCGGCUGAAUCUGAUGGCGAUGCCUCUGCUGUUUUUACAUCUGGUACCUGAACCUGUUCUGUUGUGGAGAUCAUUGGCUCAGGACUUCCCUCAAUAACAGGUGUUCUUGCACUUUCCAAAUCAAUACCGUCUUUGACUUCAGGCAUUGGGACUGAAGUACCUUCUUCCAUCAAUGCUUCCUUUACAGCAUCUUCAACAACAGACUGCAACACUUCUGGCUCUUGGACAUUCUCACUAUCAAUGUCUUCAACUUGUAUUUUUUCUUGUUGUUCAACUGUCACUUUAGUUUCUUCCAUGGAUUCCUCCGUAACUGUCUCCUCUACUGUGAUACCCUCAGAGAUUACCCUUUCAAGUGGUAGCAGGCCAUCCCCCUUAAAAGCCAGUGGUGAUCCUUGUAUCUUAUCUGGUCCUUGUCCAUCCUCAGCUUUUAAAUCCUUCACUGGUUCAGUACCUAGCUCAGUAAGAGGUAAUGUUGCACUGCCACCUUCAAUGGAUUCUGUAACUACAGGCACAUCUGUUGUUGCACCUUCUACACACAAGUUUUCCUGAACAGUUUCACCUUGUGGUUUCUCUUGUGCAUCACCCUUGAACUCUGUUUCCUCUUGGGGUCCAUCUGUGACUGCUUCCACUUCAUGUAUAUCCUCGAAUAUUUUUUCUUGUACAUGGAUCUGCUCGGAUGUGGGUAGAUCCACUGGCUCAAGACUUUCAGCAAGAGGAGUUGUUGCAUCAAUUUCCUCAAAACUCUCUGUGACUUCAGGCAUGGGGGUGCGUUCCUCCAUCACAAUCAAUGUUUCACCCACAGCAUCUUUUACAACAGAUGGCAACACUUGUGGUUCCUGAACAUUUUCAGUUCUGACAUCUGCAACUUGUAAAUUUUGUUGUGGCUCUUCCAUUUCUUGUUGGGUUUCCCCAAUAAUGAAUGGUGAUGCCUGCCCUGUCUGUAGAUCUUCUGGUUCUUUAACCUGUUCAUUUGUGAGCAAAUCCAUUGACUCAAGACUCCCCUGAGUGAGAGGUACAGUUUCAGUACCUCCUUCAACACUUUCUGUGCCCGCAGGAACAUCAAUAGAUGCAUCCUCCUCAGCUGGAAUGUCCUUUGCUGUAUCUCCUGUAUCAAGUGAUGGUGGUUCUUCAACAUAUCCAGAGACAACUUCUCCCACUUGUAGUGUCUCUUCCUGCUCUAUUCUGUCCAAUGGUUGUAAUGUCUGUAGUUCUUGUUCUUGUAUACCCUCUGUUUCAGGAGUGUCUACUUGCUCAAGAGUAUCCUCACUGAGAGGUAUUGGUGUUAUACCUCCAUCAACACUUUCAGGAAUUUCAUGCUUAUCUGUAAAUAUGUCUUCCUCAGUUUUGGCUUCCAUCCCUGCUUCUUCUACAUUAGAUGGUAAUACUUCUGGUUCUUGAUCAUCAGCAGUCUCUUCAGCUUUGUCCAACAGAUUGUCAUCUGGCUGAACACCUUCUUCUGGUUCUUGUUUAGGUUCAUCUGUAGCUUUUUCCAACUCAAGCAUACCCUCAGGUUUCACUUCCUCUGGCGAAAGAAGGUUGUCUACCUUUGAAUCUGAAGACGCUUGUGCUGUGUCCACCACUUCUGGUUCUUCAACAUAUUCAGAUGUGGAAGCAUACAGCAGCUCAAAACUGUCGUCAGCAAGAGGUAAAGUUUCCUCUUUGAGUUCAUCUGUGACUGUUUCUGCAACUGAAGCGUCCUCCGGUUUUACUUCCAAUUCAAGUGAUGGUGCACUGCCAUCCUCUAAAGUUGGAGUUGCUGGAACAACUUCCAAUACUUCUGGCUCUUGAACAUGCUCAUCUUUAAAAGCGUCCAGUUGUGUUUCUAUGUUUUCUGGCUCAUCGCUUGCUUCUGUGAAAAUCUCCUCUGUCUCUUUGGGUUUUUCUGUAAUUAUUUCUGCCGAUAUUCCUUCCUGUUGUGACGGGUACUCACUGUCCUCUAAAUUUAAUUUUGCAGCUUCUGUCUCCGAUUCAUGUACUUUUUCUGUCUCCCUUUGGGCUUCACUUUGAGGCUCUGUAAAAACCAUUUGCAUUUGUGCGUCAACUUCUGAACUUUCAUCCAGGACAUCUUCUCCAUACACAGGUGCUGCACUUGCACUUUCCUCCUUUACAAAUGAUCUGAAUAUUUGAUGAAGAACAGAUCCAACAAUACUUUCAGACUUUGGAGUAGUUGAGCAAAUUGGGACUGCCUUUGGAGCCUCGCUGAUGUUUUCAACCACCUGGUGCAGGAGGGCAUCUGUUUCCAUGACCUCAUAUUCAGCUGGGACUGGUGUUGUGUUGCCUGAUGUUUUUGAAGACUCUGUAGAUAACUGAGAAACUGCAGAGAUCAUCUCAGUCUCAUCUGCCAGAGUGGUUACCGAGGCAGGCUCAGGUGCAGUAAAAGCCUCCGAUGUGAUCUCUAUCAAGUCCUCUGCAAUGGUGUCAUCUUUGCCUGCCUCAUCGUUGGCUGAAGCUGGAGUAGGGAUGGUCUCUGUAAUGAUGCCCUCUUCUGUAAUGUCACUGAGUUGUUGAUGUUUACUAACUAAUUCUGAAACCUCCUCCUCAUCUUCAGUUUUUGCAGGGUUUGUUGCUGCCAGAUUUUCAGCAUCCUUUGCUUCAUUUUGUGGACCAUCACAAGGUAGGGCUGGUUCAGGUGUGUGUUGAAGGAGGUCUUGUGGGAUUUUAUGGUCUGAUUCCUCCAGUAUGCGACUCUCUAUAUCUACCUGUGUUUGAAUUUGCACCACAGACUCAGGUAUAUCAAACUCAGAUAAUGGAACCACAGCUGGUGUCUCAGAGUCUUCAUCACCUGAAGGCACAUCCUUAUCAGCCUCAUCUGAAGAUACUUGGUCUUGCUUUUCAGGAGACCUUCUCUUUUUGCGACCAGGUAGGAGUUUCUUUAUUGAAAAAGAGGACUCAUCUUGCGAUAGCUCACCAUCAGACUGCACAACAUCUUUGCUCUCGUCUUCAUCUUUGGCUUUUCUUUUGGGAGUGACAAGUCUUUUAAAUGUUAUCCAUGUUGAUUGUCCAUCACUUUCUGUGCGAUGUACUCUGGGGGAAGACACCAAAGUGCCAUUCUUUCUCUCAUUGGAACUUUCGUGGGGUGACUCCACACCAUGUUUUGAAGUAGGGUCUUGCUUAUUGUCAUUAUCAACUUGAGGUGUUUCAUCCUCAGAGUCAGAUGUUUUUCGGCUUCUUUUCUUCCCAGAUCCACACAAAACGGCUUCCCACGAAACAGACGAGUCUUUUCUUUUCCUGUCUUCUUCUGUACUGCGGUCCGAAAUGUGCUCUCCUUCGCUUUGUUUAGGCUUUUCUGCUGUUGCUUGGAUGUCCGCCUCUUUGUUGCUCAAAGAUGGUGUCCUUCUUCGCUUUUUAGGUGUUAGAAGCUUUUUGAAGGAAGUCCACGCGCUAUCCUCCUCUUCUGGUACUUCUGAGGACGGCUGUGUGGAUCCAUCUUCUUUAUGAUUCUCAGCUGACUCUGUGGAUGACAUGAGCUGAUCCGCAGCUUGUUCUCCCGAGUCCGACAACCUUGAUUCACUUGACCUCCUGCUUCUUGGCCUUUUGGAGAGUUUCUUAAAGCUAGAUCCUGACAGUAACCUUCUGAGAGGGCUUGAUGGAACUUUUUCCUUCUCUUGAUUGUCCAGAGCUUCAUGAGUUGAUAGGUCUUCCACUGGUGGUUUCCCUUCAUCGGUUGUUUCAGUGGAUGUUGGGGAAAGGACCUCCUGCUGGAGUUCAUUUUCUUUAUCUUCUGUGUCAACCACAGCUGCCUCAAUACCCGGAUCAAUUUGCACUUUAUCAAGUUGUUGGAUCUGUUCACUUUCUUCUAACACCUCCACAGCUCCUUUUGUUCCCAUGUCAACCAUCUCUUUCUCAUUUGUUUCUUCUUCUGCGGGUCUUCUUUUCUUCCGUAGUCCAGAAAAGAUUCCAGUUGUGAAAAAUUUCUUUAUUGGAGAUACGACUUCCUCUUGUCCAGACGUGGUUUGCAGCUCUUCCUCAGGUGUGGCCUCCUGAUGUUGUUCCUCCUCUGCAGGCGAAGUUAUUGGUGGAUCGGCAUUGUCUGAUUCACCAUCCUCUUUGGCUUCUGUUGCUUUUUCUUCCGCAUUUUCUACAACCUCCUCCGGUGAAAUGUCUGUCAGUGUAGGACAUGUAGUGGAAUCAUUGUCAUUAGUUACCUGUGCAGUGUUUACAUCAGUAUUCUGUUCAGCACUCUCACAUGUAGGUUCAUUUACAACAACGUCAAGGGGUUCUUCUGCUCCUGGUUCCUCCCUGUUGGUCCCUGUUGGUUCCUCCCUGUUGGUCUCAUCAGGCGACUCUCUGAGGAGGUCACUCGAGCCCCUCUUUAUCGACAAUCUCAAACCGAUGUUGCUGAAAAACUUCCGAAAACCAUCGUUAAUGUCAUUCUUUUUUGCAUCUAUUUCGAUCAUAUCCAGCGGUACAUCUUGAGCAACAUCAACUCCAUUUGAGGAUUCCUUUUCAUUCCUUUCAACAUGUUUUGGUGCUUGUUCCUCCUCCUCUUCUUCUUCAAGUGGGAUUUCUGUUUCUAAAAUGUCACCAUCUUGUGAAAGGACAGCUAAACCAGAAAAGUAAUGAACAUUAAAACAUUUUAAUCGCAAAAAAAUGACAGAUGAAAGUUGAAUUCUGAAUUAUUGUGUUUCUGAACAAAUGUUGCCGACCCUAAUUCUCAAUAGACAGUUUUAUGAGUACCCACCGUCUGUCGCGACCUCAUCCUCACAGUGACCAUUUACUCCUGCUAUUGAGAUGCCUGCUUUUUCGUUGAUCUCAGAGAUUUGCACAAUGUUUUUCAAAGGCUGAAAAAAAGCACAAAAAUUCAAAUCCUCAAUGUCACUUUGCUCCGAACAAAAAUCGAAUCAAAACUCAAAUCAAAUGUAACCAUUACUCAACUUCUGUCAGCCCCUUUUCAAAAACAUUUCCCAAUUUUUAACAGUACUUUCACAAGAACUUUGACGCUAAUAUGAAAGGGAAAAACCAUUUGCUUGUGAGCUUAUAGCUGGGAAACAAUAAGAUAAAUCCAUAAGACCUUUCAGGCCACUCAAUGGUGGCAAACAAAUAGACUAAAUCUUGAAAUAAUUGGGCUCCAAAGCCCAAAAGUUUCCGUAAAAACAGUCUGAUACCUUGGGGUUGAUGUGAUGAUAGUCUUACAGGUUUACAACCGUAAUUAACCCAGUUUUAAAUCCUUGAGCCAGAUUAUCCAGAAAAGACUGAGCAGGAAAAGAGAAACACACGCACCACAACUGCUGUGGAGUAACUUUACAACCAUAAACACAUCCAUAAGGUUCAAAACUUACAGCAAGAUCUACUAUUUUUUUACCAUUUGAGGUGACACCAAGGAGUUUCGCAAUCUCUUAGGCGUAUUAUCAUGUCAUCAUUCAGCCACAGAUCUUGUGGUUGCUUAUAGCUGCUUUUUCGUGCAAGAUAACCCAGCCUAGUGAGUUGACUUUUUAAGUGACCAAACUAUUAGCAAAUGCAGAAGAAAAACAGUUAUCUGCAUACUGAAGGAGGAAGAAGUGGUCUGUAAUUUGAUCAAAGAUAUCUGCGAGCUGAUUUUUCUGUACCCGCUGUUUAACAUGAUCACACCUUUUCCAUAGCAUGGUCUGUGUGAACAGUCAUCACUUUGUUUUCAGUCAUCCAGAACCAAAACGCUUGACGGCACUUUAAUGGAUGGUACCAUAAAUAAUCACAGUAUCAAAACAGAAACAGUUUUAUACUCAAAAUAAAAGUUUUUAUUCAUGACAAAGACAAAUAAACUCAUCAAAGCUCCUGUUUUGAUUUUGGCACUCCCUGUGGACACAACGCCAUAUGACACGGUUGUGUUUUUCUGAUCAAAAAUCGCAUCCUAAAAAUGUAAGUUUCAAUCUAAGAGAAAGGCCUCACAGCAAAAAAUGUUAACAUUAUAAAAAAUUUCAGUCUUGCUUGCGAUCUUGUUUAUUUCUGUGGGCACUUAAGAGGUACCAUUAUCAGUUUUAUUACCCCAACAAGAUAAAAGCUCUUCACAUUAGUUUUAAAGACUUAACUUUAAAUAAAACUUUUUGAGAAAAACUUUUUAGUAGUGUUUUUGAUAAAACUAGAUGUAUUUGAAACAAGAGGUACUCUUACAAAUGUGGCAGAAACAGAAACUUACUCCUCCUAUAUCAAAACAUUGACUCAGUUCUAUGAGUGGUUAGAAAAUGAAAUAUUCAGUUAUUCUCAUUCUCACAGUACAGUGCUGUGUAAUUGACUUCCUGCUCAGUAUGACACAGUGAUCAUGUUGUACACAAAUAAUCAAUGUUUCCCUCUGCUGAGUGCAGCUAUGAGGAAAUUCCAUCUCCCCCCUGGGCUUUAGGUUUCUCUGAGAAUGAAAGGUCAUUAUUCCUCCUCUCUUCUUCAUUUUUUUUCACCUAUAGCUACAGUAAAUGCAAACCAAUGCAGUAUCAGUGAAACAUGGUCUUCAUAAUGGCACAGCAGCUCUUGUCAGACUAGACUAAGCAAAAGUUAGUAACCAUGGUGACAUUUUCUGGAUACUUGGAGUUAAAAAUGUAUGUAAUCCCUUUGUUUAUAACCUGGACUUGGGUUUUUAUCUUGGGGUUAAUGCAUGCGUUGGCAAGCAGCUCCUGCAAUGUCCUGACAGAAAACCCAGCCUCAGCAGUUUUAUUAACACACAACCACAGCCUGUGUUUUAUUAUGUUAAAGCAGCAUCUAUGUAGGAGUAUGUUAAUGUUAUAGCUGAAGCACCCUCAAUGCGCUAAAGCUGAUGAAGUUUGUCUCUGGGAGUUUGAUGCGCAGCAUGUCAACAAACUGGAUGGAAAAUCUCAAUGUUACCUUGUCUCCAGUGCUGUGCUCAGCCUGAGCAUCAUCCACUUUUCCGCUCUCCUCCUCAGCAGCAGCCUCAUCCUUCUUGCCCUCUCGUUGCGCAGACUGAGCGUCCCCCAUAACCGGAGCUGCAACGCGUCACUCUCCGAAAUGAACUGAUGGAAAUAUCCCAAAUGGAGCACCGCGAGAGAAGCAGGGGGACGGUCAGCCUUCAAGUGCUGCAGGCUGGGUGUUGUUAAAAGUCUUGUUUAGCCCAAACGCCUCCCUGCAGGAUCACAUGAAGCCUAUGAGCCGAGCCUGGUCCGGCCCGGCUCGGCCCGCCCCCCUCCCCUCUCCUCGCUGCAUCAAAAAAAAAUCUGCAGAGGAUUCAGAGGGUGCCUUCAGGUGACUGAUGACUGAAGCAUUUGUCCGAAAAACAAGCAUGCAGAGCUGUGCCUACAUGAACAUAUAAGUUACAGUACCGUGAAAUACCGAGUAUGUUAAAGGUGUAAAAACGGUAUCUUCAUGGGAAACAGAUGAAGUGAGUUCAGAGGGGAAAAGGUGAGUUUGUUUCUGGUGUUUUUCACUUUUAUUUCACUUUUUUUUAAAUGUACAAUAACACACAUUAACACUCAGAUAACAUAGAAUUUAAAGUUUUAUCCAGAACUUAAAAGUCCAAAAGAAAACUGCACUGGACAAUAAGGACAGACUGUGUCGACUGCUUUUAAAGUUUGGUAUAAGCUUUAGAGGUUUUAAUUUACCUAAAACCUAAAGCUACUGUAAGGAAUUCCAAAAAAGUGAUGAGAGAGAGAGAAAUUCACAUUUCAUGGGAAACAGAUUUUUUUUAUUUUUAUUUUUUUUAUUUAACAACAAAACAGAGUGACAACAACAACAACAAAAUUUAAAUAAACAAUUAACAAAAAUACUUUUGGGAGGGGAGGGGGAAAGAAUAUAUAUAAUAGAGAAUAAAAAAACAAAAAAUAAAAUAAAAUAAAAAUCUUAAUUGGAUCACAUUUUUAUUUCACUUUUUAGAAAUGUACAGUAACACACUUAAAUACUCAGAUAACAUAGACUGUGAAGUUGUCUGAGUGAAAUUUAAAAAGUUUUAUCAUCUAGAAGUUUAAAGAAAACUUCACUGGACAGUAAGGACAGACUUUCAAAGUUUGGCUUCACUUCUUUCUGUUUUGCACAUUAAACUGGACAACAUCUACAAGCUUUAAAGGUUUUAAUUUACAUAAAACUUAAAGCUACUAUAAGGAAUUCCCAAAAAGCUGUGUGAGAGAGAGAGAGAGAUUCACAUUUAUGCCUUUGUACGACCGACAAAACAAACAUGUAUUUAUUUAUUAGAUCAACCACACCUGAGAUGCAAAGCUGUGCAAAAUUCUCCCCCAACCUACAGCUGUUGCUGUGCUGGAAAUGCAGUCUGAACUCUGAGUGGACCCAGCAUAAGGCAAAGAAGGCGGAGCUGAAGUGAGACUUGAGUCUGCCAGCUAACAGUGACAAAUUUAGACUAACACAGAUCACAUUUACUUCUCCUCUGUUUUACUUCUACUUUUCUUUGAAAAGCGGCCUUUGCUAAACAAAUGGAAGUAUUAGGUGUCAUCCAGGAAAGGGUAAUUAAUUUAGUCACAGUUUAAGACUUUGUAGAAGAAAAUACUGUUUCAGCAGCUGGUUUCCAAUAGAAACUUAUAUUUAGUGACAACCAAAUGAUUUCACACAAACUACUAAUGCUAACUCAAUUACAACAGGAAUGCAGUCACUCCUUCUCUCUAAUAUCUUUAUUCUUCUUCAAUAGGUAGGUAGGUCCUUUCUAUUGUAUUGUUUUAGGUUAUUUUAGGACACUUUGUGACUCAGGAAAUUGAGCCUGAUUUAAUUUCACUCAGCAUUAGAAAGCAUGCUCUGUGCAUCAGGACGUAUCAUGUUCCCGAUAACCCCGCUGAAAGUAAUAAUGAGUGCUGAGAUGAUUCAGACCCUUUAUCUGGAGUCUCUAAGGAUUCAGAGCUGGAUUUACCCGACAA